AGUUCAGAACACGAGUUCAGAGUGGUCAGUCUAUAUCGCUGACCCAAGAUUAAACAGAAACACAACUUCUCCGUGCCGUCAUUCGACGACAUCAAAUGCCCAAACAGGCAUCCGAACAUUCAACCUCCUUAUUUGCAAAGUAUCCCGCUAAUUUUUGUUGAAACGAAAACUUCUUGCUCCAAUUUUCACCAAGAUGGAGUUGCGUACCCUCCCCCAAUAUGAAGCAAUGGCAAGGAGAAAACUAAGUGAACCAUUCUUCAGGUAUUACUCGCUAUCUUCAGGAGAAGGUCUGACAAAACGGGACAGUGAAGACGCUUUCAAAAGGUAUAGAUUUCGGCCACGCCUACUCGAGGAUGUGUCUUGCAUUCGACUAUCAACUGAGGUCUUAGGUCAAGCUAUCAGUAUGCCUAUAUGUAUAUCGCCAACAGGAGCUCAUCGCCUAGCUAAUAUUGAUGCGGAAAAGGCCACAGCACAGGGAGCGCUCGAGGCAGAAACCCUCAUGAUCCAGAGCUGCUUUUCUCACGAAAGAUUCUCACAAGUUGCACGUGCUGCUCCGGGCGGGCUCCGCUGGUGUCAAGUGUACAUUUUUAAAGAUCGCCCAGUGACACUGCAUCUUAUCAGGGAGGCUGAGAGGGCGGGCUAUAGGGCAGUGGUUCUUACCAUGGAUUCUCCGUUAACUGGAUUUAAAGCUAGCGAGGCUGGCCGUGAUUACAUGUGCUUCAGACAUGAUGAAUAUAGAUAUGUUAAUAUGGAAAUGGACUCGUCCAAGUCCCAGGCCGCAUCGAAGAAAGCUGGAGAUCCAACACUCUUUGCUCAUUUCGGAUUAGACAUGGAUAGUACCGUCACGUGGGAUGAUGUCAGGUGGCUCAAAACUGUGACGUCUCUGCCUAUCGUCUGCAAAGGCAUUCUUACAGGUGAGGCAGCUCGAAAGGCGGCUAAUGUUGGGGCAGAUGCCAUCCUCGUAUCUGCUCAUGGUGGAAGGCAACUGGAUGGGGUACCUGCUCCCAUCGAUGCGUUGGCUGAGAUAGUAGAUGCGGUUCGAGAUUGUAAGAUAGAAGUGUAUAUGGACGGAGGGGUUCGAAGAGGAACGGAUGUUCUUAAGGCUCUCGCAAGGGGAGCAAAGGCAGUAUUUAUUGGACGACCUGUUCUAUGGGGAUUGGCGUGUGAAGGCGCCAGUGGUGUGAGCAAUGUGUUAAAAAUCUUGCGACAAGAACUUCGAUAUGCGAUGGGGCUUUGUGGUUGUUCCGAUGUCAAUGAUAUCCCCGAAGACGUCGUUGUGCAUGAAUCUUAUUAUCACCAGCCGAGGCCAAAACUAUGACGUCAACUUUCAGCGGGAGAAAGGGAUUGAGUGCGUGAUAUCGCCCGUGUUCGCGUAUGAGAUACAAGUCGAUUUGGUAUAUUUUCUGGAGCUGCCAGAUCAUAGCCAAAUUUUCCAUAAACGCAAUGUUCUGAAAAUUUUCACAUUUUACAUGAAUCAUGUUACAAACAUUGGUUUUGCUCUGCUGUUAAUUGAAUAGAGUAGAAAAGAAACAUCUAAUGUACGGUUUUGUGAAAUGAGUUCGUGAUCCCGAUGAAUAGCCAACAACUUUGAUUGAAACAAAUAUCACUGGUGUAUGUUUGCUUGAUGCAUGGGGUUUGCCAACUAAUGCAAUGAGUUUUGUACAGCUCAUCCCGAGUACACGACUUACGUCAAAUUGAAACUUGUAUAAAUUUGCAAUGAUUUUAUUGGCACAAGAUGAAUACAUGACCCCUACAAUAGAAUAAAGGAACCCCUUAGCUCGCUGUUAAUCAUAGUUGAAAUUGAAGUCUUAGACAACAGACAAGCAGACUGUCGGGAAGAUCAUAGAUCGCAUGGCAAAUUGUACAUAUUACAUGAAAAAAAUUGUCGGGAUUGUAGUCACAGAUAAUUUAUUGUGACAUUACAUUUAUAAGUAUAUCAUUGUCUAUUUGUGUAAUAAAUGAAUUAAAACUCGA